AUGGCUGCUGUCGGUAUUCCCAUCAAGUUACUUCACGAGUCGGUUGGUCACACAGUCACUGUGGAGAUGCAAACGGGCGAGCUGUAUAGAGGGCAUCUGAUCCACACUGAGGAUAACAUGAACCUCCUCAUUGCGGAGGUGGUAGUAACGAGGAGGGACGGGAAGCAGACAAGUCUGGAGCAGGCCUACAUCCGUGGCUCCAAAAUACGUUACAUAGUCGUUCCAGACAACCUUCGGUAUGCUCCUAUGUUCAAGCCUAGGAGGCAGGGUGCAGGUUCGGGCUGGGGUAGUUUGAACGCCCCUGGGGCCAAGGGCAAAGGAGGUAAGGGUAAGGGUGGCAAGGGCAAGGGGAGGUUCUAGUGCCUUCGUCCUCGCUGACGUCGUCUUUAACAUCGACCUCACUUAGAAGCAGUAGGAGCCGACAUAGUAUUGUAAAGCUUUUCUGAGGUCAUCGUC